CUACUAUUUUAAUGAGAUGCUGUAUUUUACAAGACUCCUCUAAAGUUUUUAACUGUAUCUGUGAUUCGUGAUCUUGUCAUUUCAAUCAUUAUGUCAAAAUUACGGCACAAUUUGAAGUAAAAACGGGUAAUAAAAAACCUCAAGGUUACUUAUGUCUCAAAUUCUGAGCAAAUGUGAUGCAAUGUGGAUAUUUCAAAAAAUUAUAUAAUUUUAUUGUUUUUUACAUCUAAGGAUUCUUUCACACUUGAAUCUCAAAAUGGAUCAACAGCCAAUCUUCGAAUACAAAGACGAAUCUCAAGCAGACCGAUUAGCAAGAAAAUCGAAAGAUUCACCAUUUAUGAUUCUUGGUAUAAUGGGAUGUAUUGGUGUUUGUGGUGUUGGCGCAUACAAAUACAAGAACAGAGGUCAGAUGAGUACAAGUGUAUUCCUCAUGCAGUUAAGAGUUGCAGCACAAGGAACUGCUGUUGCUGCACUCACAAUGGGCCUAGCGUAUUCACUUGCAGAAAGAUAUUUAUUUAAAUCUGAUAAGAAACCAGAAUAACAUUUGUUGUUCUAAUUUUAGAUAAAUGUUUAGACAAAAUUUUAUUGUUCAGUAUUUAAUGUCAAUCUAUACGAUCAUAGUUGCACACAGGACUAAAGCAAUAAAGGGCAUAUUCAGGGAUUUUAUAAGAUACAAUCUCUUAACAUAGAUCUUAUUUUUAAUUUUAUGGUGACUAUUACAAGGAAAAUAAAUCAUCCCAAAAUCAUUUUAAAAAUAAAUGAAUAUGCCCAUAUUUAGCUCUAGAAAUAAGUAAUAAUUUAAUUUAGUUAUUUUGUUCUGUGAUUUAGAUGUUAUUCUGCUUAAAUAUUGUUUAAGAAAGAUAUUUGUAAUAUUUAUUUUUUGACACUGCAUACCUUAAAACUACCUAUGUGAUAUUGUCUUGUUUAUAAUUUAAAUGUUAUGAAUAAAUGUGACCAUUGCUUG